GUUGUGUACAUAUAUGUACAUAUAUAUAUAUGUAGUUUCAGUGCCUUCUUAUAGUUCCUGAGGCACCCUGGAAAGCUAUGGAAGGAGACGUUCAAUCAUCUCAUGGGUUCUUACCUUGGAUUUUCCGUAGAAAAUUAAUCGCCGGCGGGCGGGGAUCGAAGAAAGGGGCCCUAACAAUCGCUUUUCUCUUCGCCAUUGUGGCCCUCAUCGGCAUCAUAAUCGUGUUUCAAUUGAUUAGACGUUCCAUCCUUUCGGGUUCUUCAUGGCAGAGGGCAUUUUCAUUUCCGACAUCCCAGAGCCCCGUAAUGCAGCCGAAGAGAAUCGAAUACUUCCUCAACUGUUCCGGCCGCCAGGAUCACAAGUCUUGUCCGGUGAAUCAUCCGAUCAAAACAGCGUACAGAGCUGACGCCGGGAAAUGCCCGGAGUACUUCCGGUGGAUCUACGAAGAUCUGCGGCCAUGGAAGGAAAGUGGGAUCACAAGAGAGAUGGUGGAAAAUGCUAAAAGGGAAGCACAUUUUAGGCUUGUGGUAGUGAACGGGAAAGUUUACAUUGACAAGUAUCGACCGGCUUAUCAAACGAGAGAUGUGUUCACGAUUUGGGGGAUUCUACAGCUUCUAAGGCUGUAUCCCGGCCGGCUGCCGGACUUGGAUCUGAUGUUCCAGUGCAACGACCGACCGUCCAUCUUGAAGAGCAAGUACGAGGGAGAGCAUGCCACUCCGCCACCGCCAUUGUUCCAUUAUUGCGGGAACAAUUCUACCUUGGACAUCGUCUUCCCCGACUGGUCUUUCUGGGGUUGGGUUGAGAUCAACAUCCCGCCAUGGGAAACCUUGAAGAAGGAGCUGGAAAGAGGAAACCAUCUAAUAAAGUGGAAGGACAGAAAGCCCUACGCCUACUGGAAAGGCAACAUCUUCGUCGGCAAUCCCAUGAGAAGAGACCUCGCCAAGUGCAAUGUAACCGACAACCAAGACUGGAAUGCUCGAAUCUAUCACCUGUCAUGGCCCCGCGAAUCGCAGAAAGGCUUCAAGAACACGAGGCUGGCAAAGCAGUGCGAUUACAGGUAUAAGAUUUAUGCAGAAGGUAAUGCGUGGUCGGUGAGCGAGAAGUACAUUCUAGCGUGCGAUUCGAUGAGUUUAUUCAUAAGGCCUCAGUACUUUGAUUUCUUCACCAGAGACUUGCUUCCGACAGUUCACUACUGGCCGGUGAACAAGCACCAUCUGUGCCAGUCGUUGAAAUUCGUCGUCGAUUGGGGAAACAAGCACCCGGAAAAGGCCCAAAGGAUCGGCAAGGCGGGAAGUAGAUACAUACAAGAAAAGCUGAAGAUGAAGUACAUAUACGACUACAUGUUUCACUUGCUAAACGAGUAUGGAAAGCUCUUGAAAUACAAGCCCACUGUGCCCGAAGGGAUCACCCCAAUGUGCUUAGAGCGCAUGGCUUGCAGAGCCAAGAGGGUUCAACGCAAGUUCCAGGUAGAAUCCAUGGUGAAAGCCCCGGCGGAGAUAGGGUCAUGCUCGCUGCCUCUGCCGUAUCGCCGCCCUGAACUGGAGGCUUUUCUGGAGAGAAAAGAAAGGCUAAGGAAGCAGGUUGAGAUGUGGGAAGCCAGUGCAGACAUCUGAGGAUCAUGCAUUGUGUGUGUGGUGUAAACCAGUUUUCUAGAUCAAAUGUAGUUGCAACAACAUAUAUUUAGACACCAUAGCAUUGGGUUAGAGAAUUGAAUUGAUGUUAGGAAAAAUUUUAGUGGGCGUCGCAGCCAAAAUAUUUAGGUGUUACCACCUAAUCCCGCGAUAGUCGAGAUUAAGUAUGAGCGUUUGAUUGCCCCCAGAACAUAGGUCGAGUGGUCAGAUAAGUAUUAUGUCGAUGUCAAUUUGAUGGGUUACAUAUAAGCUUAAUUAUCUUUAAUUAAUCUACAAAUAU